AUGUCCAGCGCAGGCCAGGCUGUCUUGUUGGACCUUCCGGAAGAGGUGAUAGUGGACGGGGUCCUGCCUCAUCUGGAAGAAGCCGACCUGAAUCGACUCGGGCUUGUCAACAAAUCGCUACAUAGGCUCACGAACGACCAAGCUCUCUGGCAUAGGCUACUCUUGCGCGACUUUAGUUUUCCACGCUUCGCCACUGCUCGAGUCAAUGGAUGGAAAUCGUUGUACAUUGGUUUGACUCGGCCAGAAAUUUGGACGUGUGGAGAGGAUUCGGAUGGGAGGCUGGGAGUCGGCAGAGAGCUGUACGGCGGAGUAAGGAACGGUGUACCUUCUAAGCUCAGUCGACUGAUCAACUACGAAGGCGGCGCGCCCUUCCCUCUACAGACGAGAUGGAGAGACGCUUGCCUGGCAAAGGCAUACCACAGCGAGCAGGAUCCACGAGCAUUGGAUAGCUAUCUGGGUCCGAAUCCCAAGUUUGAGCUGCUGAGCGAGGCUUCAGUCUCUCUAGGUGCACCCGUAGAGCUACAUGCGGCGGGUUGGAGCUUCGCAGCUCUCACGAGCACGGGCAAUGUGCUGCUUUGGGGCACCAUCCGCACGAUGGACAUGCCAGCGAGGCCAGUGACGACUCCUACCGUGCUGGACUUGGGCUACGAUCCUACCAACACGAAUGGGACACGUAAGCGGAGACAAGCCAGGCUAUUGGCAGCAGGCACAGCGCUCGUCGCCGUUACGACACAGAACGAGUGCGUCGUCUGGCAUGACCCAAAAUACCCGACUCGCUUGGACGAUGUGUUCGACUUAGAUCAACCAGCGCACAUCAAACAGGUCGUCAGCGGCGGUGGGCACACUGUACUUCUGACCGGCUCGGAGACAGUCAGAGACACGCAGCGUGAUUCAAGGGCUCCACACAGCAGAGAUUCAGAUGGUCAACAUCCCCCAAGAAUCUACAUGUGGCUGAACAACUGGACCGACUUGCACGAGACAGACUUGCAAGAGUUUCACGCCGAGCACGAUCCAGCAGACGACACUUCACUGCUCGUCAAAUCCAGCAGAUCCUUUAGGCUACCGGCAUUGCCUACUGAGCCGCCCGCAGAAUUGCUCUUGCCUCACGAGCGCGCGCAGCUCGGCAGCACGGCGUUUUUGUUGGACCCGGAACAUCCGGUUCAAAUCGCCGCAGGAGAAAAUGUGGUAUAUGCGCUUUCUCAGCGCGGUUUGGUCUACAAGCUGGACGUGGAGGAGCCUAGGACCCCACUGUAUCACCAGGAGGCGGAAAUGGACAGCGAUGACAGCGACGGGAGCGCUGCUGGUUCGAUGCAUUCGGAUGCUGAAGAGCGUUUGGAGAGCCUUCGGGGUCGGUACAUCGGGGAAUACGCCUCUCGGAGGAGAGGGUGGCAAUUGCUGAGAGGAUUUUGCGAUCCUGAGAUGAUCAGAAAGGCGGGCGAAGGCUCGGGGAACGUUUGGGACUUGCCGCAUACAAGACAUCUCCUUUCCGACGACACACGCAUCACCCAUUUGAGUGCAGCUUUCAGAAGUUUCGUGGCAUACAGCGUCGAUUCUUCCGGCUCUGGUCUCUUAUAUGGCGAGCCGUCUUCGUCUGCUAAGCGUGGCAUAGUCCUGCAAGGAAGAUACGAUGCUACCUCUGCAACCUUACCUCAGCUCAAGCCGGAAUUGCAGGGACAAGGCAUCAUCAAGGUCACUUGUGGAGACUAUCACUUCGGAGCGUUGGACGAGACGGGUAGAGUGAGAACGUGGGGUCAGUGGAGCAAAGGUGCUCGGGGAACGUAUGAUGAGUAUCCGCUCGUGGAAGGGAGAAAUCUACCCUUUGAAGCGGGAGAGGGAGAGGCGGCAGGUGAGGUACAGUUUGGACGGGGAUUGAGGAACAGAGGACCUGGAAUAGGGUUUAGGAUAGGCUUGGCAGGCGCAAGAGGUCGUGCGCCUCCAUUGCCUCGAGCAAGUGCGCCUGAUCCUGCUGCUUCUCAAAAUCCGUCGUCCAACUCCGCCUCGCGCCCAUCGAAAUUGCAACGUCUGCAACAGAGAUGCAGACUUCGAAACGUGACUAGCGCAACGCAGGACACGCCGACUUUUGCGCGAUUUGAAGAGACGGAUGUCGAGGAUGCGAGCGAGGAAGGUCAUCAUGGACUGAAAGAGGAAAAGGAGAGGAAAUUCUUCGUCUUUGAUAUUGCCAUGGCUGGAUGGCAUACUGGUGCCUUGUCCGUCGAUCUGCAUUUAUUGGCUUGA